AUGGCCAACCCGGUGCAGCUUCAGUUUCCCCCCGCGCCGGAGCCAGGCACUGCCUCACCCCUGGAACUGCCGGAGAUGGAGAUGCUUCUCACCAAGGCGGAGAACAAGGGUGACAAGCCCCUGAAGCUGCCCAAGUCCCUUUCCGGGGCUCUGGACCUGGAGCAGAACGGCCACGGCCUGCCCUUCAAGGUGGUACCCGAGGGGCACCGGGAGGCUUCACUGCCCCGGUCGCCCUCUCGCGCCAGCUCGAGGCGGGCAUCCUCCACUCUCACCACCUCCUAUGCCCAGGACCGAGAAGCCCCCAAAGAUUACCUUAUCCUUGCCAUCGCCUCCUGCUUCUGCCCCGUCUGGCCCCUCAACCUCAUGCCCCUCAUCUUUUCUAUCAUGUCUCGAAGUAGCGUGCAACAGGGGGACAUGGACGGGGCCCGGAGGUUGGGCCACCUUGCCCGGCUGCUCAGCAUCACCUUCAUCAUCAUGGGGAUCAUCAUCAUCAUUGUGGCCGUGACUGUCAACUUUGCAGGUGAGGCCCAGCCACAUGCCAGCUUGCUUGGUGUGAGGACAGCCAAGGGUGUAGCCUGGCCCCCUGGGACAGAGGCGUUCAGAAGAAAUAGGAGUCACCAGGCCUCUGCCAGCAGCGGCAGCUCUGGCCAGCGGGACGGCUCCCAGCCCACCCCCACCACCACCGAGGACAGGACAGUGCCUACCAAGGCCCACCUGUCCCCAGGCUCCUAA